CAUGAAGUUGAACGAGAGGAGCGUGGCCCACUAUGCCCUCAGCGACUCCCCAGCAGAUCACACAGGAUUUCUGCGCACCUGGGGGGGACCGGGAGCACCCCCCACCCCCAGCGGCACUGGCCGAACAUGCUGGUUUGUUCUCAAGGGCAACCUGCUGUUCUCCUUCGACAGCCGGGAGGGCCGGGCCCCGCUGAGCCUGGUGGUGCUGGAGGGCUGCACGGUGGAGCUGGCCGAGGCCCCCGUGCCGGAGGAGUUCGCCUUUGCCAUCCGCUUCGAUGCCCCGGGAGUGCGUCCGCACGUGCUGGCGGCUGAUGGGCCGGCGGCCCAGGAGGCCUGGGUGAAGGCACUGUCCCGGGCCAGCUUUGGUUACAUGCGCCUGGUGGUGCGCGAGCUAGAGAGCCAGCUGCAGGACGCCCGCCAGAGACUGGCCUUGCAUCGCUGUUCAUCCCACAGAGCCACGGCCAGCUGCAGCAGGCCCCAGGUUCCUGACCGCCGGUCUCCGAGCCUGCACAAUGGCCAUGUCCUCGCCAGGGACCUGAGCCCCAGGGGCUCCGUCGAGGAAGGGGGCGGCAGGCUGGGAGCUGAGAGAGAGCUGCGAGGCUCAGCUGGCCUCCUCCUGGGCAGAGGGCAGAGCCCUGUGUCCCCCGAGACCUCCUGCUUCGCCACUCUGCACGACUGGUACGGCCAGGAGAUCAUGGAGUUGAGGCGAGGGUGGCGGCGGCGGCAGGCCCGCAGGAGCCCGCCCGAGCUUGAGCGCCAGGACCGGUCCUGAACACCGGGGAGGGGGCCACGUCCAGUUAGGCCCCAGUUCUGCUGGUCAGGAUGCUGGGGGCCAGUGCCUUUUCUGGAGUUGAAGGUUUACUCAUUUCCGACGUUGUUCUGGGGGGUGUUGCACUUUCUUCUUGCAUUUUAGGUGUUCUCCACAUGGGCCUUCUGCCACCACAUCACACUUUGCAGGCACGGAGAAACGGGAGAGGCCUCGAAGGAGGCAGCAUUGCCCUGAUGUCGUGAUAUGGUCAAAAGGAUGGACCUCCUGUCUUGUGGGGGCCUCUCGGGUGCAGCUCUCCCUAGGGAGUGGUGGGAGGAUUGGCCACGUGACUCCCCAAACUGCAGUGUGUGUUAGAAGUUUCUGGAGGCAGGGAGCCUACAGCCAGACGAGAGGCAUUUGCUCUGUCCGUCAGUGGCCUGUGGCUGCCUGGUAGGGGGUGGUGCAGGCUGGCAUCCCGGGAUGGACUGGCUUCUUGCCCCUGUGAGCAGAACCCUCGGUGCCCGGGCCCUCAGCAGCAGACCCCCGGCUGGGGGUUGGGGUUGGGGGAAGGGAAGAAGACUUGGAGUGUGGUGUCCCCCCACCCCCAGGGUGGUGCCGCUAGUGCCUGACAAAUUCCUCAGUCUGGCUGGGCUCCCCUAAAGGUUCCUGAGACCACCUGGGAGCUCCCCCUGUCAUGUGAUCACCCAGGGUAGACUGGCCGAAACCCUAAGAAUCUUAGUCUGUUGUUCUUGGGGGAGGGGCGGGGGUAGAGUGGCUGGCUCACAGGGCCAGGGGCCAGGCCAGCUGAUGCCCUAGGAGAGUGGUCAGGGGUGCCCCUUCUGCGGGCGGUGACCUGGCUGGGAGCCCCAGAGCUCACUAGGUUUACUUUCUGCAGGCUUUUCUGGCCUUUGCCCUUGUUACAGGGGUCUGUGUGAGAGUAACACUAUUCAGUAUCAUGAAUCUGACUCGGUUUGGUUGUUGCCAUCACUGCUUCUACAUAUGCAGACACGAGGGCCAGCCGGCUAGCCGCCGACCCUGGUCCCAAAUCAGGCUUCACGUUGGUACAACUUCCACAGUGCUUGCUCCCUGGGCACACGGAGCCCGCAGCCUCCUGCACCUGUCUUAGGCACAGAUACCACAGCCCUUUGUUCUGUAACGAUUGUUAUGGUGGCUUUUUUUAUAUACGCUUUUUUG